AUGCUUGCCAGAACAUUGAAGAGCAGUUUGGGCUUGAAGGGCGCCGCCAGAACUUUGUCUUCGUCUGCCUCGGCCCUUACGCCUUACAAGCAGCCAGACUUCUCCGCAUACCUCAACGAUAGACUGGAGCUGAAAAACAAGAACUUCACCUACUUCAUGGUUGGUUCCAUGGGUUUAUUGUCUGCUGCUGGUGCUAAGUCGACUGUGGAGGCGUUCCUUUCGUCUAUGUCUGCAUCUGCCGAUGUCUUGGCCAUGGCCAAGGUUGAGGUCAAGUUGGGCGCUAUCCCAGAAGGUAACAAUGUCAUUGUCAAGUGGCAGGGUAAGCCAGUGUUCAUCAGACACAGAACGCCCGAUGAGAUUGCCGAGGCUGAGUCCGUGGACGUGCAGAGCUUGAGAGACCCAGAGACCGACGAUGUGCGUGUCAAGAAGCCAGAGUGGUUGGUGAUGUUGGGUAUCUGUACCCACUUGGGAUGUGUCCCUAUUGGUGAGGCUGGUGACUACGGUGGAUGGUUCUGCCCAUGCCACGGUUCGCACUACGAUAUCUCUGGCAGAAUUAGAAAGGGUCCUGCUCCUUUGAACUUGGAGAUUCCUCAGUACGAGUUCACCGACGACUCCACCUUGUUGAUUGGUUAA